AUGGAUAAGCUUCUAAGCAAGAUAAUAGCUCUCUCAGAUGAAUCUUUCGAGAUAAAUGAAGAGUUAAAAAAUAGUAGUAAUAUUAGUGAUAGAUUAUUAUAUAAAGCUUUGAAUAAUAAAGUAAUAAGAGUUGAAAUUUAUAAACAUAUUUUAAAGUUUAUUGAACAUAGGGUUGUGGUUCUUGAUAGAUCACGUUUUGACCAGUUUACAAAUAAAUCAUAUAUAACAAAACUUAAGUGGUGUCGUGAUCCACUACCAGAUACAAGUCAAUUUCCACCAUUUUUGACACAUUUAUAUUUGCACAGUUUUUCUAAAAGGCUAACUCAAACUUUACCAAAUACAAUUACUACACUUAUAUUCGGUGAUGAUUUUGACCAAAUUAUUCCACAAGGCACAUUACCAAAUAGUCUUACAACACUCACAUUCGGUGAUAAUUUUAACGAAGGAAUUCUACCCGGCUCAUUACCAGAUAGUCUCACAUUUGGUUCUUUAUUUAAACAAGGUCAUAAUAUUAAAUCAUAUUCUAAAUUUAACAAAAAUUUUGGUACAUUACCAAAUAGUCUCACAACACUCACAUUCAGUCAAAAAUUUAACCAAGAAAUUAAAUCUGGAUCAUUACCAAAUAGUCUCACAACCCUUACAUUCGGUCAUUGUUUUAACCGAGUAAUUCCACCCAACUCAUUACCAAAUAGUCUCACAAAACUCACAUUCGGUUAUGAUUUUAACCAAGAAAUUCUACCCAACUCAUUACCAGAUAGUCUCACUACACUCACAUUUGGUGAUAUUUUUAACCAAGUUGUUCUGCCCAACUCAUUACCAAAUAGUCUCACAACACUCACAUUCGGUAAUGGUUUUAACCAAGUUAUUCUACCCGGCUCAUUACCAAAUAGUCUCACAACACUCACAUUCGGUUUUGAUUUUAACAAAGUAAUUUCACCCGGCUCAUUACCAAAUAGUCUCACAACACUCACAUUCGGUUAUAAUUUUAACCAAGUAAUUCUACCCGGCUCAUUGCCAAGUAGUCUCACAACACUCACAUUUGAUUCUUUAUCUAACCAAGUAGUUCUACCCGGCUCAUUACCAAAUAGUCUCACAACACUCAAAUUCAGUUUUCAUUUUAACCAAGUAGUUCAGCCCGGCACAUUACCAAAUAAUCUCACAACACUCACAUUCCGUGAUAAUUUUAACCAAGGAAUUCUACCCGGCUCAUUACCAAAUAGCCUCACUACACUCACAUUCGGUAAUGGUUUUAACCAAGUAAUUCUUCCCAACUCAUUACCAAAUAGUCUCACAACACUCACAUUCGGUAAUGAUUUUAAUCAAGUUAUUCUACCCAGCUCAUUACCAAAUAGUCUCACAACACUCACAUUUGGUGAAAAAUUUAGCCAAGUAGUUUCACCCGGCUCGUUACCAAAUAGUCUCACUACACUCACAUUUGGUUCUUCAUUUAACCAAGUUGUUCCACCCGGCUCAUUACCAAAUAGUCUCACAACACUCACAUUUGGUUCUUCAUUUAACCAAGUUGUUCCACCCGGCUCAUUACCAAACAGUCUCACAACACUCACAUUUGGUUCUUUAUUUAACCAAGUUGUUCCACCUGGCUCAUUACCAAAUAGUCUCACAACACUCACAUUCAGUUUUGAUUUUAACCAAGUAAUUUCACCGGGCACAUUACCAAAUAAUCUCACAACACUCACAUUCGGUUAUCGUUUUAACCAAGUAAUUCUACCCAACCCAUUACCAAAUAGUCUCACAACAAUCAAAAUUGGUAAUAAAAUUAACCAACUAAUUCCACCCGGCUCCUUACCAAAUAGUCUAAAUAUUAACAACAACUACACAAUAAUAAGAAAACGAUGA